CUGAAGAAGCAGGCUAGGACCCUGAGAAACUCUCGACAUGUCGCUCCCACAACUUCCGAGUCUCAGGGUCGCUCUUACGGUCUUCGUCCUCCUCUUCGGCAUCGUCCACGCGAGAUACCACGUGAAAACGAGAUUCGAUCGGUCCAUUGAGGUCUUAAGAGAUGCUGCGAACCAAGGAAGGACAUUCAGGGACCCCGAGACGAACUUCAUCGCCCACAAAGAUGUAGACCGGGGCUUCUGCUAUCUGGAGCGAGUGCAGGACCGCCAAGAAAAUCGCAAACCUGUCCACAGGACACUUUACGUAUGGGAUGACAAGUUGACCGAUCUGGAAACCUGGAGAAUCGCCGGUGGACGGGUCGUGGAGUUUUGCAAAGGGUUGGUUAUCAGCCUGCUGAGAGAUGAGAGACCUUCUCCAGGAUCUCCUGAAGAUCCCUUUCAGGAUGAGGUCCCUAAGGACGAGAACGACAUCGUCCAGAGGAGAGUAGCCGACAUUGUUUUGACUCCGCUGCGAGCUCGUGCUAAAAGGCAAAUUAUCCUGGAAAAUCAGGAUAAAUUGAAUAGAAGGUUCAUAAGUCGGUCUCGACGUCAGGUCCCUUACGCAGGACGAUUUAAGGGCCAGACUCAGUCGCAGUAUCUGAAUUUUGGGAACGAAAGCCAAAAGGAAGGCAAAGCGGAAGCGGAAGCCACGCAGAGGUCCUCGCACGCGGUCGUUAGUGGAUCCAACGGGAUGGGCCAGGCUCAGAGCAUGUCCAGUGGAGGAGAGGGCUGUGAAGGAUGUCCAGGACACCCAGGAUUCGGGACAGGUGAACCAUUAAAUCUACAAGCUGGAGGACGACUGAAGACCAAUGGUCAAAGGGGUCCCGAAGGAGGUAUUCUUCAAGGUGGAGGACCUGGUACCUUUCCUGGUCGUCCUGGGGAUGUAACUUAUCCUGGAGGUAUCCAGACCCCAAACGUGUACCCAGGAUCUAUAAUUCCCGGUGGAGUUCAAGGUACUGGAAGUGGUCCUCCAAGGGCUCCUGCACCUGGCCCACCUGGAAGUAUAGUCUACCCAAAUGGAGGACAAGUCUACCCAGGUGGAGGGAAAACGAUCACAACAAUUCCUGGAGGUCCUGGAACGGUUGGUCCUGGCCAGGUUCAAUAUCCCAGCGGCUCAGGCGGUGUCGUGCCAGGACCCGGAGGAGCACCUCUUCAACAGGGUGGAGUUGUGUCUGGAACAGGAGUUCAGUUUCCUCAGCAAGGUGGGCUCGUACCUGUAACAUCCACCGGUACGCAGUACCCUCAGCAAGAAAGACAAGGAUAUCAAAGGAUACAAGGAAUUCAGUAUCCUCAACAAGGUGUGGCACCAGGAACUGGAGUGCAGUUUCCUCAAGGUAGUGUGUUCCCAGGAACAGGUGCACAACCUACUCCAGGAAAUUUGGGCGUAGGUCCAGGAAUAGGUGGACAGUUUCCCCAACAAAGUGGGAUCGUUCCUGGAUUUCCAGGACAGUAUCCUGGAGGAGUGGUUACUUAUCCCGGGCAAGUUGUCACAGGAACAGGAGGAACGAUUUAUCCCGGAGGAACCCAGGGAGGAGUGUAUCCUAGUGGAGGUUUACAAGGUCCUGUUGGAGGGCAGCAGCUAUAUCCUGCGGGAUCCGGAGGAGGAGGCGGAGGAGGUGGCGGUGGAGGUGGAGGGGGUGGUGGAGGAACCGUAGUCGGUCCUGGAGGAAUCAGGCAGAAUGUCCUGCAACCAGGAGGAGUUACAGGUGGCGUCGUUCCUGGACAACUGCCCAAUCAGACGCCUGGAGGUGUUGUACCUCUAGAAGGUCUUGGAACUUAUCCCGGAGGAGUUCAACAAGGAAGACAACAGCCUGUAUUCCCUUCUCCCGGACUCCCAGGAUAUCCUGCAGGACCCAUUACGUAUCCUGGAGGCACAGAUACCAUCGUGCCCGGUGGAACAAGUACAACUGUGACGCAGCCGGCAAUGAUGGUGUACCCGGAAUAUCACAGAGGACCCGGGACUAUACAACAAGGGGGUCCCGGUGGUCCAGGUGGAGUUGUUUAUCCAAUUGCGCCGCCAGGUAUGCAACCCAACCUUGUGGGCGUUCCUCAAGGACCUGGAUACCCCGCACUUGUUCCGGGAGUGCAGCCAUUCCCGGGAGCUAUCCUGACUCCGGGAACGAUGCAGUACCCAGUGAGUCCUGUUGGCCAGUAUCCCUCAGGACAGCAACCUGUAAAUGUGCAAACGGGAGGAACAGUUCCAGCCACCGUUCCUGGAACAGGAGGAGCGAUCGGGACCCUACAGUACCCUGGAGGUAUCAGCCCACCAGGGACUAGUACAGGUGUUUCCCAGUACCCUGGAGGUAUCAGCCCACCAGGAACCAGUACAGGUGUGUCCCAGUACCCAGGAGGUAUCAGUCCACCAGGUACCGGCACAGGUGUUUCUCAGUACCCAGGAGGUAUCGGUCCACUAGGUGUCAGCACAGGUGUCUCUCAGUACCCAGGAGGUGUUAGUCCACCAGGAGGUAUCAGUCCACCAGGUACCAGCACAGGUGUCUCUCAAUACCCAGGAGGUAUCAGUCCACCAGGUACCAGCACAGGUGUCUCUCAAUACCCAGGAGGUAUCAGUCCACCAGGUACCAGCACAGGUGUCUCUCAAUACCCAGGAGGUAUCAACCCACCAGGUACCAGCACAGGUAUUUCCCAGUACCCUGGUCCAACAACCGGUGUGCACUACCCUGGAGGAAUACCUCCAACAGGUACAGGAGUCAUUCCCGCACAGUACUAUCAACCCCCUCAAGGUAUACCCGGGGGUACCAGCGUUUACCCAGAUCCAGGGUCAGCAGGCGGAGUCGCCGACGAUGGUUCCGACUCCCAGGCCUCCAGCUCCGUCAAGCAGCAUGGCUCCGACACCGAAGCGAGUGCAUCCGCUCAGGGGAUGUAUGCAGGUGAAACCGCGCAAUCUCAGGUAACCGGUACGUACACCGGGUCCGGGUCCUUCUCUGCCCAGGCGGGUUCAACCGACUCGAAGAAGAGUGCGCAGGCACAGGUGAACGGUGGCAAGGACGGGGCCACCAGCAACGCCCAGGGAUCUGGAGGACAUGGCAAAAGUCAGACUCAGGUGCAGCUGAACUCUGACACCGGGGCCACCUCCACCGGAGCACAGAGCAGCGGGUGGAACCAUGGAACCAAUACCCAGGUACAGGCCAGCUCCAGGGGGGGCAUGGCGGAUGCGCAGGCCAACGGCGAGGGUAACACAUCCAGCCAGGCUCAGAUAGGCUUCCAGCCGUACAUGAAGAAGGAAGAGAACGUAGAUAAAGGGUCUAGACCGUUUAGAGGAGGUGGGACAGCUUCAGCGCAAAGUGGAACCCAUCGAGGCCAGUCCCAGUCGCAGCUUCAGGGUUCCUUUCAGUAUGGGAUCACGUACAGUGGCGCAGCCCAAGCAGGCUCUGGCUCGGGUGCUGCCGCGUCCAGGAGGCCCUUCAAUUUUUCCAGCACCGACUCCGAGUUGUUCAAGAAGUUCACGCCAGUAGAUGGUCCAUCCUUCCCUGAGGGAGAUGCAGGUAAAACAUCUGCAGGUACCAGUCAGAAUAAAGACAAGCAAGGCAUGAAAACGUCGGAAUCAAGGCAGACUGUUGUGACCGGCUCCCAUAUGGAGGACACCAGUGGAGUCAAAGAUGAAGAUAUGGAAAACUUACCCACUUCUACUGCCCAAUCUCGACCUGAGGAUCCUUACGAUCACGCCACUAAUGACGAUUAUGACGAUGAAUAUGAUGAGGAAGACUACGACGGGUCGCCUGCAGCGACCUCCAGGGAUGCCGUGGGACAUCCUAUAAGAAAUCAGCACGAUGAUAGGACCACACAGACACAGUCUAUUCGUAUUGGGUCUGGAACUGGAUUUGAUGUUCGCGUGACACAGGAUUCCAACAUACCUCGAGAAGGAGAUGUCCUUCAGCCUGGCCAGACGCUUCCAGGGUACACCGUUCCUCCGGGAUUUAGAGCCAGGAUCACUUCGGUUUCUGGAGGAAGGACCCUUGCCGAAGGCGACGGCAAGUCUCAAGCCCAGACGGUGGUCGUCGCUCCUUCGAGGAAUGCCACUUCGGGGAGGUCUUCAGCUUCGGAGACCAGGCCUCUUCUUAGGAGCUACAAUCAGCAACGAGUCUCCGGGGGUAGUUAUGCUCCUACUUAUUCGCAGUCCUCGUCGGUUGGGUAUCGCAGACCUGAAGCGAAUGCCCCUAGCAGACAGAAUUAUUAUACGGUUACGAAUAGCGUGGCUGGCAAAGUUGGUGACAGCAGAAACGCACCGAGGAAGUAUGAACAUCGGUACUACACGAAGAGCUCAACUUGUGGAUACUUCACAUUCUCCUGUAACGUCGUUUACGGGUCCAACGGACGCACCAAGAUCUGCAAACCGAAAAUGCCGACCUACCCUGACGGAACGCCCAUGAAAUGCUGAUAAUCUCGAUCGAUCAUAUUAGUAUUCCAUCGCCUCUGCAGUAUAAUUUUCCAUUAAAUUAAUUUCGUUAAGGUGAAGUAAAGGUGACGUCAAAGGGGUAUUUUUUUUUUAUGA